AUGAACGCAGCAAAGAUAACAGACGUGACAGACUUGCAUCUUCUCAGAAUAUUGAAGAAGCCUGAGGCGAACUGCACAUUUCCUGUGCACCUACGACGGAAAUCAGCGUCCUAUGUCACUACGCACCUCAUUAACCUUUGCUCUAUUGCAAUAGAACUUAUUGUGAGCUUUGACAAAGUGGGAAUCCACAAGAUACUUCAUGAAAGGAAUCCAGACGGGAUUAUUUGCAAAAAA